GUGAGCCAGCGCUUUGGACACGUGGGCGGAAGUGGUGACGUCACCAAAAGAGAGCAAGCGAGAGGAAGAGAAAAAGAGCAGAAGGAUCUUCCGCCCAUCAGUGAUGUGACAAGCUUACAAAUGAAGCCAAAACAACGCAGCCGGCCAUGACGCACUUUUAGCCUCCUCUAUACUUGCAGGCGUCGAUUUUUUGUUUUCCUUUCCCUCUCCGUCUGCGAGCGCCAUGGUGGAGCAGUCGGACAAAGCCCCGCUUCUGGACUGGGAGGAGAUCCCACCGUCCGACGCCACCCGGGCGGCUCCGUCGCCACCUGCUCCGCCGCGGAAGAAGCAGGACGUUCCUGCGGUAAAGAAAAGUUCCUUACCAGUCAGCCUCAUCGUGACGGAUAUCGGCAGGAGGGACGGCAUUUCCUCCGCCACCACCACCACCACCGUCACCUGCAGCCCAACAGCUGUUGUUGGCGGCCGGGAGAGGGGCACGCCAGGCCGGGCACAUAUGCGGGGUCACCCGGCACCUCCCUUCCCGGAUCUGACGGUGACAGAUCAGUGGGAGGAAAAAGACCAGAUCGUGGCCGUGUUUGUGGUCACAUUUAAUUCACGAUCAGGAAACAUGGUGGAGUGGUGCCUGCCUCAUGACAUCAACCUGGAUGGAGUAGAAUUUAAGGCAAUGGCCAGCGGCUCCCAUAGGAUCACUAACGACUUCAUAUAUUUCCGCAAAGGCUGCUACUUCGGGCUGGCCUGCUUCGCUAACAUGCCUGUGGACAAUGAGCUGGAGCGUGGAGCCAGGAUGAAGUCUGUGGGGAUUCUGUCUCCUUCCUACACGCUGCUGUAUCGCUACAUGCACUUCCUGGAGAACCAAGUUAGACUCCAGUUGAAGAAUCCGGGUCAUUAUUCUCCACUGGAGGCAUUUUAUGAGGACAAGAAAGCCAUUCUCCCACUGACAGGAAACAGAUUGGUCAACGAAUGCCAUACUUUGAGUGUGACUACCAUCAACCGUUGUAUGCACCCGGAAAUGAAGAUCACUCAUCCAGCUGGCUGCAUGUCCCAAUUCGUCCAAUUUUUCGGAGAGCACAUUAUGGUGCUGUGGAAGUUCGCGCUGCUGAGGAAGCGCCUUCUCAUCUUCUCCCCGCCGCCUGUAGGCGUGGUCUGCUAUCGAGUGUACUGCUGUUGCAGCCUGGCCAAUGUGUCCUUACCUGGCAUUGGCGUGUCGGUGCCAGAACUACGACCGUUCUUCUACAUAAACAUAGCUGACAUCACUGCCCUGCAAACGGAGCUGUCAUAUGUAGCCUGCACCACGGAGAAGAUUUUUGAGGACAAGAAGGAGCUGUACGACCUUUACGUCGAUAACCAAAAUGUGAAAACGCACAGGAGCCAUUUGCUGCCCUUGCUGCGACCGAACGCCGGAGAUAAGGAGCGGUACAGGAAGCUUAACGAGCAGAGACAAAUGUUGCUGUACUCCCAAGAGGUGAAUGGAGACUGCACGUCCAACGAGGAGGAUCUCAUUAUUGUGUUCUUCAUGGAACUUAAUAACCGCAUCUUCCAGAUCCUGUCCGAGGUGGCGGGGAGCGCUGACCCCAUCCUGACAGCUGAGCAUGUGAGGGCCAUGGGGCUGGACCCUCAGGGCGAUCGCUGCUUCCUGGUGGAGCUGCUGGAGGUGUACGGCGUCGACGUCACUCUGGUCAUAGACAACCUCUGCUGCCACUAGCCUUGGAAAGUUGGGAUUAUAACGGAUCGUGGCGACUUCAAGGUUCUCCCACACAUACUGUACACACUGAGACAAAACGUUCACCUUGAGCCUUGCCUGCGUUUCCUCUCUUUUCUUAUGUUUGUCGUUGGGCUACCGACGGAGAAUAUGAACUCCCUCUGAGACGCCGGUGCUGCUUUGGCAGUGCUGUGUGCUCCUUCAGCCGUCUUAUCACUGCACUAUUUUUUGUUUGUGCUUCUACACUGAAUGUGUGGUCGGUAAUAACACAGCACGUUUGCUCUCUAACUUCAUAUUUAUGGAGUAGGACUGAGUUUUGGACAUUUUAAAGGCUUGACCACUUUUUUUGCCUUUAAAAAAAAAAAGCAAUAGAGGUCUUUGUCCAUUAUCAGCCGUUUUUUUUGUUUACCUUCAAGCACCUUGAACAUGAGAUAAGUAUGUGUUUUUUUGGUUGAGUUGAGGUCUGAAUGAAUGUGAUUCUACUACACGUUAUCGUGAAUGCUGCAACAAACCACUGGACUGUUUUUCAUGAUGCACACUCAUACUAGGACACAUCUUAAACUCCUUGUCACUUGCUAGGUACUACUUUUGUCGCCUUGACACUUGACUUUAUAUUGUACGUACACGCACAUUUCUGGCCCUAAAAAAUGUACCAACGGUUACCUCAGAGUCUACAAAAAUGUUUGCUUUCAGCUAUUUGAACCACUACAGUGCUACUACAAAAACGGAAAAUCAAUACGUCAUCAGAAAAGUACAUACAGUACAGGCCAAAAGUUUGGACAAACCUUCUCAUUCAAUGGGUUUUCUUUGUUUGUAUUACUAUUUGCAUUGUAAAUUGUCACUGAAGGCAUCAAAACUCUGAAUGAACACAUGUGGAGUUAUGUACUUAACAAAAAAAGGUGAAAUAACUGAAAACAUGUUUAUUCUAAUUUCUUCAAAAUAUCAAUCAAAGUUUACUUGUGGUUAGAGUGUCCGCCCUGAGAUCGGUAGGUUGGAGUUCAAAUCCCAGCCGAGUCAUACCAAAGACUAUAAAAAUGGGACCCUGCUUGGCACUCAGCAACAAAGGGUUGGAGUUGGGGGUUAAAUCACCAAAAUGAUUCCCGGGCGCGGCGCCGCUGCUGCCCACUGCUCCCCAAGGGGAUGGGUCAAAUGCAGAGGACAAAUUUCACCACAUCUAGUGUGUGUGUGACAAUCAUUGGUACUUUAAUCUUUAAAAUAUAGCCCUAAAUCACGAGUGUCUCAAAGGGCUGCACAAGCCACAACGACAUACAAAAUAGCCACCCUUUCUCUGAUUACUGUUUUGCACACUCUUGGCAUUCUCUCGAUGGGCUUCAAGAGGUAGUCACCUGAAAUGAUUUUCACUUCACAGGUGUCAUAGUUUUGAUGCCUUCAGUAACAAUCUACAAUGUAAAUAGUCAUAGAAAUUAAUAAAAACGCAUUGAAAUGAAAAGGUGUGUCCAAACUUUUGGCCCGUACUGUAGGUGUCCAAUCCAAAUUCAUUUAUUGACAACAUUCACACAUUAUAACGGGACUGUAGUUUGUCGUUCCAACUCCGCACAGGAGAUGGCGUCGUAACUUUUUCAUGCAUUUUCUGUUCAUCAAAAUAGUGAUGUAUCAGAUGUACAAUGACGUAUACAAUAACUUUAAAAUCAGUACGCACGUACAUAGAGCCCAUUAAACAUGUUUUUUUAGUCUAUGCUGUACGAAAUAAAACCAACACCUGUUCGGCAAUACUUUCAUGUUCUGUUGGUAAAUAAUAAAUGAUGUACAGUAGGAAGGGGAUUCAUAUGGCACCAUUCAUCACAGUUUACUUGACACAUGAAACGUAACUAAUGGGUGGGCGUGUGCACCAUCCACUUGAGUCACCAGAUGGCAGUAGAGUGUUGAAUAUCUUAAAAUGUGUUUUAUGGCAAUUCCAACUUUGACCACAGUGUCAGUUGCUAUGUAGAGUGGUACUUUCCAUUAUUUUCAGCAAAACGAUGAACUCAUACUCUUGCUCUCACGCGAGAUCCACCCAGUAAUGGGGCCAUAUGAUUCCCUUCCCUACUGUAUGGGGUCAAAACAUUGCCAAAAUUGCAUGCGCACAGCAUCUUUUUGCAUCUUUUCGCGAUGUGUCUUUCUUUCUCCAUGCGGGACAUUUAACCCAUUUGGCACUUAGGGGCAGGCAUUGAAUCAUCCUUUUCUGAUUGGUCACUUUAAACGCCUUAAUUCGAACGAAUUGUCAGCGUAAAUUGUGUCCUUUUUGAAGAAGAGUAGUCUUAAAGUUCGGACAAAAUUAGCCAUUCUGUCAUUCCUUAUGCAGUAAAGUGCUUAAAAUAAAAACAACAAAAUUUACACAUAAAUUUAAUGACAUUAUCGAUGUGUUCUUGUCUUCCUUAGGGAUUGUGAGGGUAUCACUCUGUCACUAUGACAUCCGAGCAUCGAUAAUGAUUUACAUUUUAUCAUAUAAAGUAGGUCUAUAAGCAGGGGUGUCAAACUGGUUUUCAUUGACGGCCACAUCGCUGUAAUGGCUGCCUUCAGAGGCCCGUUUUUUUUUUUUUUUUAAUUAUGCAUGCGGGCAAUAACCUGUGAUUAAUCAAAAUUCAAAUUGAUCUGAUUUAAAAAAAAUAAAUAUCAUUUGACAGCAUUGAUAUAAAUGUGUACCAGUAAUCACCUCAUAUUAUUACCCCAUUGCCUAUGCCAGGGGUGUCCAAAGUGUGGCCCGGGGGCCAUUUGCGGCCCGCAGGUAAUUUUUUAACGGCCCCAUGGCACAUUCUAAAAAUACGAUGAAAAAAAAAAAAAAAACAUAAAAAGUGGUAUAAAAGAGCAAACAGGUGAAAUGUAACAAGAAAAUGUUGCAUUAUUUACUCUAAUAACACAAAGCUGCCAUGCAGGCUGUUUCUUCCUUUAAAAAAUAAUAAUGAAUCAAAAUCAAUGUCAUUAUGAAUUAUUGACCUAUUCAAGGCUCCAUUUACUUCACAUUAAAUAUUCCACUUUGAGAUAUUUUGGGGGGAAAAUGUUGCAUAUUUUUUGGUUGCCAUUUAAAAAAAUAAGUUUUUUAAAGAAGGGCCUAAAACGAACAAACAAAAAACAUAAACAACAAUAAAACUUAUAAUUGACGGAUAGAUCUGAAGUUGAUCUUGAGACUAUUGUGGUAAAAGUUAAAAAAAAUGUUGGAUUUAUUUUUUUAAACUUUACUGAGCAGUACCCUUUUGGAUCCCCAAUAAUUUUAGUGGGACUUUUUUUUUUUAAGUGUCAUUGCUCAAAAAAAUAAUGAAUUAAAAUCAAUGGUCUUAUGAGUUAUUGACCUUUUUAAGACUCCAAUUAUUAUAUAAUCUCAAAUAUUCCACUUUAAAAUUUUAUUGGGGGAAAAUAUUGCAUAUUUUGUGUUUUUUUCCAUAAAAAACACAGUUUUCCUUGACAAAAAUGGCAUACAACUUAAAUUUUUAAAAGCGUUAUAUUGACAGAUAGACCUAAUGUUGAUCUAGAGAUUUAAACCUUGAAGAAUAAUAAUAAUAAUAAUAAUAACACUAAAUAAUGACACAUUUGUAAUAUUUUUUUUGACGAAAACCUUUUGGGGUCCCCGGGAUCAAGCCUGAGUGGAGGCCUAAAUAUAUCUUUUUUAUACAUAUAUUGUAUUGGUUUUUAAAAUAAAAAAUAUCAAAAUGGCCCCCACAUGCUUUAAUUUUUCCGUGUGCGGCCCUCAAUGGAAAAAGUUUGGACACCCCUGGCCUAUGCACUCGGUUAUUAGAUUUUUCAUGUACAAACUGUUAUCUUUACUGACAUAUUUUUGUAAUACACUAUACAAUAAUGUAAUGGCAUGAUUAGAUAAUAACAUUUAGACAAUACGCAUUUUUUCCUGUCAAAAUCGAACUAAUUAUUUGUAUUUAGUAAAAAAAAAAAGGAAAAUAAGUAUUUUAUUAACACACAUUUUUCCCAGGCUUUCACGGGCCACAUACAAUGAUGUGGCGAGCCAGACCUGGCCCCCGGGCCUUGAGUUUGACACCUGUGAUUUAAAGCAACAAUUAUCUUGGGAUGAUACGUAUGUCCAAAAAAAUAUUGUGCCAGUCAAAAUAAACUAUCUUUAAUGACAUCAAGUUAUUGUUAAUGAUCACCAUUGUUGACAUUUUCACAUAACAUCAUAACAAAUAACGUCAUAAUUGAAUAGGCUGUAGUGCAGGGGUCCCCAAAUCGGAUCCGGCCUGCCAGCGUCCAAAAUCCGGCCCGCAGAAAGUCCCCAAGAUUAAAAAAACAAACAAAAAAAAACUAUUUUAAAAAAAUAAAGAAAAUACAUGUUUUUUUAAUUAUUAUUAUUUUUAAAAAUCUGUCUUUUCUCAUCCAUUUCCUACUGCUUGUUACUCUCGAUGUCUCCUAGCCGCUCAGGCAAAUCAUAUUGUCUAAAAAUGCAUUUUUCCAUCGAUAAUGUGACAUCAAGUGCGCACUCUUUCAGUCAAUUAGUGCGUGAGGA